AAACAGUCUGUGCCUUGUCAAUGGUCGUUGAGGAUCGUUCGUCGCCAUUUCAACAGCCAAACGAAUAUAGACAAUAAAAAAGGCGAUUGAACCACUGAAAUUCGACUAACUGUACUUGAUGAUCAAACGCACAGGUUUUUAAAACAACAACAAUAACAGCAAUAAAACAAUUUAGAGAGAAUUUUAACAAAAUGUCCAGUUGGAGCUUGGCCAGCGGCAUUUCGCCCACUGUUACGGGCGGUGACGUCAUCCGGCUAAAUAAUCUCAAAGCCGGCUCCGACACAAAUAUUGCAACAGCGACUGACAAACAGCUGAGGGCCAAAGCAACAGCAGCAGCAACAACAAUAACACUAACAGCCCGUCCAACAACACCUGUGCCUGCAAAGAAAUUUACACCAAAGCGACACCAGCCACAUUUGACCCUGCAGAUCCAUCAACCACCGACAACAAUAGGCAAAACUUACAAUGCGCCCCUCGCUGAGUCCGAGGAGAAUAUUGCGCUUUCCUCCAGCUCCUCCAUUUAUGACACACCCUUGAGCACGGGAUUAACAGCGACUGCCUCACCAGAGAGCUUUGGCCCCACGGCCAAAAGUCAGAACAGCUACGAGUGCCUUAGUGGGCACAGUGGGACAAGUGCGCACAGUGGGGCAAGUGCGCACAGUGGAAGCAGCACCUCUGACUCCAUAUUCCCACACGAGCAGAACAAAACGAUCAAGAAAAUUGAUAUACAAUUCGAUAAUGUGCGCUAUAGCUCCAAAUUUGGUUUCUUCAAGUCGGAAAACAAAGACAUUUUACUGAGUCUAACUGGGCACUUUCGAUCCGGCGAGCUGAAUGUCAUCGCUGGACCCUCCGGUGCCGGCAAGAGCACGCUGCUCAACAUACUCUCCGGCUAUACAUCCUUUGGCUACACGGGUGAAAUACGGGUCAAUGGCAAGCCGCGUGAUCUGAAGGCCUUCAAGCCAAAUGUGGCGUUCAUAACGCAGGACACAACGCUGCAGCCGUUCCUCAGCGUCAAAGAGGCGAUGCAUUUUGCGGCCAAUCUUAAAAUUGGCACACAUAUGUCAACGGAGGCGAAGCGGGAACGAGUCCUCAGCAUCCUAGUUGCGAUUGGCAUGUACGAGACUCGGAAUACGCUCACCGGCAAUCUGAGCGGUGGUCAGCGCAAACGGUUGGCCAUCGCCCUCGAGCUAGUCAACAAUCCGCCAGUGCUCGUCCUGGAUGAGCCCACAUCCGGCCUGGAUAGCUCCACUUGCAAUCAGCUGAUAACGCUGCUCAAGAAACUGGCCAUGGAGGGUCGCAAUGUGAUCUGCACAAUUCAUCAGCCCAGCGCAUUGACCUUCUCCAUGUUCGAUCAUCUGUAUGCCAUUGCCGAGGGACAGUGUAUUUAUGCCGGCGGCACUCAGAAUCUGGUGCCCUUCUUGAGCGGCGUCAAUUUGAACUGUCCCGAAUCCUACAAUCCAGCAGACUAUUUAAUGGAAAUAGCAACACAUGACUAUGAUACGGAGGAGGAGCGACAGGUGGACAAGCUGAUAGCACUGAUGGACAAUGGACGCAAUGAUGAUUAUAGGUACAGUAAAACGGCGCGAGUCGUGCAAUUGGCGGCCAUCAAGAAAGUGGAGCAAAUGAUGGCCUCGGGUAAGAUUACACCCGUAACACCACCUGUGAUGUCAACUGGCAACCGGCAAUCCUUCAACUUUAAACCGAUGACACCGAUAAAUGAGCUCUCGUCUCACAUCUGGGGUAGCCAAAUGGGUUGCGAUGAGAUUAGUGGCACCAAUGCGGAUGCCAAUUGUUGUAAGCCAACCAAAAAGACGAAGAACAAGUCCAAGCUGACCAUGUCAAUGCCAAAUCUAGAUCCGGCACACCUCUGCAAGCGUGAGAAUAUCUAUGCGACGCCCUUCUAUCAACAGCUGAGCAUCCUGCUGCUGCGCACCUUUCUGCUCAUCUGGCGCGACAGUUCGUUGACAACGAUGCGCUUUGGCAUCCACCUGGCCGUUGGCAUCCUUAUCGGCAUCCUCUUCUAUGGCAUUGGCAAUGAUGCCAACAAUUCGAUGAACAACUAUCGCUACGUCUUCUACACCAUCAUGUUUAUCAUGUAUUGCGCUUUCUCCGGCAUUGUCGUCAAGUUUCCACUGGAUAUACCGAUUGUUUCGCGUGAGCAUUUCAAUCGUUGGUAUUCACUGCGUGCUUAUUAUGUGGCCAUAACACUGGCCGAUCUGCCCAUCCAGAUAAUAUGCAGUGCGCUGUUUAUUGUGCCCACGUAUCUGAUGACCCACCAGCCGCUGGAACCGUGGCGCUUUGGCAUGUUCUUUCUGAUUGUGUUCAUGACGGCGCUGGUUGCCCAAAGCAUUGGCCUGACUGUGGGCGCAGCGCUCAGUAUGCAUUUUGGUGCGAUAUUGGGACCGUUCUUCAUCUGCCCGUUCCUGAUCUUCAGCGGUUUCUUUCUGCAGGAGCGAGAUGCACCCGUCUAUUUGCGCUGGUUCUUCGACGUCUCGUUCCUCAAGUACAGCCUGGAUGGUGCCAUGCUCGCCAUAUUUGGUUAUGGCCGGGCGCGCUUGGACUGCGAGGAGAUGUACUGUCAUCUGUCGCGUCCGCGAUAUAUACUAAAGCAUGUGGAUAUGUUGAAUGCCAAUUAUCACAUGGCUUUCUUUUUCCUGCUCGGCUCGCUGAUCCUGCUGCGCAUUAUUGCCUUCUAUAUCAUGUCCUUUCGACUGAGAUUAUUCAGAUGAUGUCACAUUCCGUUCAUCGAAUCGAUCGAGUUUUGUUUUUAUACAUAUAUAUGAUUUCUUGUAGCAUUUAAUCCGAGAGAACCAUGUGCCAAAGAAAUGAACAGCGUUUUAGCAUAAGAAGAAAUCGUGAUAUACAAUACAAUACUUAUCUAAUUUAUACCCGACCCCUUGACACCCCUUGACACAACUCCUUAGCUGUUUGCAUACACACAUCUAGCAUAACUUUCCAUAUUGUUUUUUUAAUCGUAUGAAUGUCACCCCCACCCUACACCCGCCACCCUCCACCCACAGUCCCUCACCCGUUCCGAAGUCAUCAAAAACUAUUGUUUAGUUUUAAGCCCUUGUACAUAUUUUAUUAAGCUCAACAUAUUUGGGAUGAACAUAUUUUUAAAAAAUAUUAAAUAUUUUGUAAU